UUUUUUGGCCACCCAGAUUGGCCACUUUUUGGGGGGAUUUCAGUUAUGGAGAAUGGAGAGAAUUAGAGCUUGGGACAGAGACAUCUGAUUUGUCUGUGUAGAGUGGAACUAAAGAGAAGCAAGGUACUAGUGUUGGACGAAGUGACAUCAUCGGUGGACGCGAAAACGGACAACAUGAUUCAGGAAGCGAUGAGGGAGGGCGGAGGGUUUGCUGGUUCAACGGUGAUCGUGGUGGCCCACCGCAUUACGUCCAUUAUCGACAGUGAUGUGGUGCUCGUUUUGGGCCACGGAGUCGUCAUGGAACGUGGUUCUCCUCUCACUCUGCUUCAGAAUAGGGCCUCUUCUUUUGCAAAGCUUGUUGCUCAAUACACAACUUGCCAAGCGAGGAGUGCCAAAAGGGUAAACUCAAGCUCGAUUUCUGGAAGGGCCUCCUCUACUUCUAUGGAGGUUUUAUGGGUAAAUGGACAUCCCAACUUUCCAAUUCCUGAGAUUGUUAGACAAUCUUUCUUAGGAGGUGGUGACGGAGGCAUGACCAAGCACCGUUUUGUCAUCCCUCAGAAUUAUGAAAUGGCGGCCAUAAAGGAAAUGUUGGACGAAAAUUCAUUAGGGAGUCACGCCUUCUUCCUAAAAAGUAAACUUCUGGUUGGAUCACGGAGCAGCUUUACUCCGGAACAUUGCAAGGACGAACCUGACAACAACAACAACAACAACAUUCCCUCCGGUGCAAUUCCAACGUCCCCACCCCCAGAGUUAUCAUCAGCCAACUUUGACCAUAUCAUCCAGCGCUACUCCAUUGACCCCAAUUCUAGCGUUGCACGGGUCAUUAAGGUGAUGCUGGAAAGAUGUGAGAAGAAGAAGAAUCUGAUCAACGGGAAAUUCCAGGCUUGCGUGACCUCUUUGCAGGCAAUGGCGUCUCUCGUCGCGGAGAGUUUGAGGGAGGGCAACCCCAAUCUGAUCACUGGGAUUUCCCUCCCGGGGUUACAGGGUGCGCCAAAAGGGAGCUACGAAUUCCAGGGCUUCAGUGCCCUUAACGACGACAGGUUUUUGCUAUGUCACAAGCUUACGGUCCCCUUUGGGGCAUUCUUCUGCCACCAACCCAGCAACUCGACGGCCUAUUCGAUCACCCUCUAUGGAGUUGAUAGUGGGGUGCAUUACGAUGCCCUGGCCGCAUGUCAUAGUAGCACCGGUCGUUGGAACCCAGAUUACGUUGCGUUUCGAGUUCUUGGGGUGAAGCCAGGAGUUCCUGUUUGUCAUCUCCUCCAAGCCCAUGAUGCAAUCUGGUUCAGCAAUGGAGGGUGAAAGCUAAGAAUUAUGUGCAUUAUUGUUGUGAUAGAUGGAGCUAGUUAGUGCAUAAUAUAGCUUUCCUUGAUUU